AUGGAUCAGUGUGAGGACAGAGAGGAGGGAGUCCCUCCCUCUAAAACCACUCUGUGUGGGGAAGCUGAGAGCCAGAGCCACGCUCAGAGGUGAGAUCAACUGACAUGUAAACAUCAACCAGAACCAGAACCCAGCUGUGUGUCCUUAAAGAGCGACAGGUCAAGGACUCCUCCUCUUGACUUCGAAUCUUCUGGACCUCCAUCAUCAGAGAGAGUCGACCAGCAGAACUCAGAGGUUCCCAGAGGUCCGUCUGCCCGGCAGCAUCAAACCCAGCUGGACUCCAUAUUUAUGCUGCUGGAGGACAACAUUGUCACUUUUGUGAAGAAGGAACUGAAGAAGAUCCAGAAGGUUCUGAGUCCAGGUGACCCAGACUGCUCAGAGAGUCAGAGAGAUGAUGAGGAGGUGUUGGAAGGUGAGGAUGAAGAGCAGAGGAGGAGCAGCAGAGAGGCACUGAGGAAGAUCACUCUGAACUUCCUGAGGAGGAUGAAGCAGGAGGAGCUGGCUGACCGUCUGCAGAGCAAAAAUCCUUCUGCAGUUCAACAUCAACUAAAAUCUGGUCUGAAGGAGAAGUUCCAGUGUGUGUUUGAGGGGAUCGCUAAAGCAGGAAGUCCAACCCUUCUGAACCAGAUCUACACAGAGCUCUACAUCACAGAGGGAGGGACUGGAGAGGUCAAUGAUGAACAUGAAGUCAGACAGAUUGAAACAGCAUCCAGGAAACCACACAGACCAGAAACAACCAUUAGACAAGAAGACAUCUUUAAAGUCCCACCUGGAAGAGAUCAACCAAUCAGAACAGUGAUGACAAAGGGAGUGGCUGGCAUUGGGAAAACAGUCUUAACCCAGAAGUUCACUCUGGACUGGGCUGAAGACAAAGCCCACCAGAACAUCCACUUCAUGUUUCCAUUCACCUUCAGAGAGCUGAAUGUGCUGAAAGAGAAAAAGUUCAGCUUGGUGGACCUUGUUCAUCACUUCUUUACUGAAACCAAAGGAAUCUGCAGCUUUGAACACUUCCAGGUUCUGUUCAUCUUUGAUGGUCUGGAUGAGAGUCGACUUCCUCUGGACUUCCAGAACCAGGAGAUCCUGACUGAUGCUACAGAGUCCACCACAGUGGAUGUUCUGCUGACAAACCUCAUCAGGGGGAAACUGUUUCCCUCUGCUCGCCUCUGGAUAACCACACGACCUGCAGCAGCCAAUCAGAUCCCUCCUGAGUGUGUUGGCAUGGUGACAGAGGUCAGAGGGUUCACUGACCCACAGAAGGAGGAGUACUUCAGGAAGAGAUUCAGAGAUAAGGAGCAGGCCAGGAGGAUCAUCUCCCAGAUGAAGACAUCAAGAAGCCUCCACAUCAUGUGCCACAUCCCAGUCUUCUGCUGGAUCACUGCUACGGUUCUGGAGGACGUGUUGGAGACCAGAGAGGGAGGAGAGCUGCCCAGCACCCUGACUGAGAUGUACAUCCACUUCCUGGUGGUUCAGACCAAAGUGAAGAAGGUCAAGUAUGAUGGAGGAGCUGAAACAGAUCCACACUGGAGUCCAGAGAGCAGGAAGAUGAUUGAUUCUUUGGGAAAACUGGCUUUUGAUCAGCUGCAGAAAGGAAACCUGAUCUUCUAUGAAUCAGACCUGACAGAGUGUGGCAUCGAUAUCAGAGCAGCCUUAGUGUACUCAGGAGUGUUCACACAGAUCUUUAGAGAGGAGAGAGGGCUGUACCAGGACAAGGUGUUCUGCUUCAUCCAUCUGAGUGUUCAGGAGUUUCUGGCUGCUCUUCAUGUUCAUCAGACCUUCAUCAACUCUGGUGUCAAUCUGAUGAAAGAAACUCAAACGUCUAAGGAGUCCUCAGACCCUAAACCAAAGUCUUUUCACCAGACAGCUGUUGAUCAGGCCUUACAGAGUCCAAAUGGACACCUGGACUUGUUCAUCCGGUUCCUCCUGGGACUUUCACUGCAGACCAAUCAGAGACUCCUACAAGGUCUGCUGACACAGACAGGAUGUAGCUUACAGACCAAUCAGGAAACAGUUCAGCACAUCAAGGAGCAGAUCAGUGAGAAUGUAUCUGCAGAGAAAAGCAUCAAUCUGUUCCACUGUCUGAAUGAACUGAAGGACCGUUCUCUAGUGGAGGAGAUCCAACAGUCUCUGAGAUCAGGACGUCUCUCCACAGAUAAACUGUCUCCUGCUCAGUGGUCAGCUCUGAUCUUCAUCUUAGUGUCAUCAGCAGAAGAUCUGGAUGUGUUUGACCUGAAGAAAUACUCUCCUUCAGAGGAGGUUCUCCUGAGGCUGCUGCCAGUGGUUAAAGCCUCCAACAAAGCUCUACUGAGUGGCUGUAACCUCUCAGAGAGAAGCUGUGAAGCUCUGUCCUCAGUUCUCAGCUCUCAGUCCUCCAGUCUCAGAGAACUGGACCUGAGUAACAACAACCUGCAGGAUUCAGGAGUGAAGCUUCUCUCUGCUGGACUGGAGAGUCCAAACUGCAGACUGGAAACUCUCAGCUUGUCAGGCUGUCUGGUCUCAGAGGAAGGCUGUGCUUCUCUGGUAUCAGCGCUGAGCUCCAACCCCUCCCAUCUGAAAGAGUUGGACCUGAGCUACAAUCAUCCAGGAGACUCAGGAGUGAAGCUGCUUUCGGCUGGACUGAAGGAUCCACACUGGAGACUGGAAGCUCUCAGACUGGGUGGCUGUAACCUCUCAGAGAGAAGCUGUGAAGCUCUGUCCUCAGUUCUCAGCUCCCAGUCCUCCAGUCUCAGAGAACUGGACCUGAGUAACAACAACCUGCAGGAUUCAGGAGUGAAGCUUCUCUCUGCUGGAAUGGAGAGUCCAAACUGCAGACUGGAAACUCUCAGACUGAGUGGCUGUAACAUCUCAGAGAGAAGCUGUGAAGCUCUGUCCUCAGUUCUCAGCUCCCAGUCCUCCAGUCUCAGAGAACUGGACCUGAGUAACAACAACCUGCAGGAUUCAGGAGUGAAGCUUCUCUCUGCUGGACUGGAGAGUCCAAACUGCAGACUGGAAACUCUCAGCUUGUCAGGCUGUCUGGUCUCAGAGGAAGGCUGUGCUUCAAUGAUCUCUGCUCUGAACUCCAACCACUCCCAUCUUAAAGAGUUGGACUUGAGCUACAAUCAUCCAGGAGACUCAGGAGUGAAGCUGCUGUCGGCUGGACUGAAGGAUCCACGCUGGAGACUGGAAGCUCUUAGGUAUGGAGGAAUAAAGGUAUAGAGGUACUUUAUGACAAAGUUUGAACUGAUUUUACAGAUCAUAAAUCAAAGCUCUUCAAUUAAAUCCCAUCUAUCCCUCUCCUACUCCUCUUAUCACGUGCAGUUAGAAUAAUUGUAGUUUAUUUAAAUAAAUCUAAAGGUUAAUUAGGAAUAGUUUAAUGCAGCGUCCCACAGUGGGAAGAUUCAAAAUGAUGAUGCAAAUCCUGGCAGGCUCAGCAUGAUGCUCUCGUAGUGGAUAUUAAUAAUUAUCAAUUAAGUAAGCACACCAAUCAUUUUUAAUCAAGAGAAAAGAUGCAUCUUUGUCUUUGAAUGUUAUUUAAUUCAAAGGCGAGAAACGUCUGAAUGUUUCUGUCCCCUAAUGUCUCCUAAAUGCUGAUAACCCAGGGUCCAGACCAGGAAGCAGAGCCAUAGUUUAACACUCCUCUCUGCAGCUUCUGU